GGGCAGAGACCUAUAGUAUAUAGGUCUAUAGGUCUCUGUUCAGGGGUAGAAAAAUAUUGUCACCACAAAGAAAGAAUUUCAACGCCGUAAAGACGUUAAUUAAGGGAACGGCAUGAACUGAAUAUUUAGUUAGCAGGCUAGUCGAUAGAGCUAUGGGAAAUUACAUCACAAAUCCUCAGUCUCCAUCCAGAAAGUUUAAGACUAUCGGAAGUAUUAAAGUCAGCAUCAUCAAUGAAAGUUUCGUUCAGCAGAAGGCAGAUGUAAUCGUCAACUGUGCAUCUGCUGACCUUGACCUCACCAAAGGUCGUGGUGCUAAGGCUCUUGCUCAGACUGCAGGUCCUGAUGUACAGGUAGAUUUGAACAACAAUUACUGUCAAGAAAUAAAUGAAGGUGAUGUGGCAGUUUCUGUGCCUGGCAAUCUGAAGUGUCGUAAAAUCUACCAUGUGUACCUAACAAAGUGGAAUCACAACACACAGGGUUUGCAGAAGGUCAUUACAAACUGCUUGACAAUGGCAGACAAGUUCAAGGUGAAAACCAUUGUGUUUCCAAGUCUGGGGACGGGUUACUUGAGAUACCCGUAUGAUGAGGCUAGCAAGGCUGCGUUCACGGCUAUAGAGGUAUUCUCUAAGACUCACAGGUCUUCCUCUAUUCACACCAUUGUAUUUGCUGUGCAUGACAAAGCUACAUACAAGGUAUUUCUACAAGAAAUCCGACAGUUCAGGCCGGGAUCACACUCCGCAGGAGGCCAGUCUUCUAGUUACUCAGCAGGAAAAUCGAGCAGUACGUGUGUCUCAGUACAGUUUGGUCAAACUGACGUGGAGGUUGUAAUGGGGGAGCUUCCACAACAACAGGUGGAGGUAAUAGUGAAUAGUGCACGUUUUGAUCUAAAUCUAUCUACUGGAGGCCUAUCUGAGGCACUGCUCAAGGUCGCAGGUGAAAGUCUCCAGGAAGAAUGCACUAAAAGUUACCCCAAUGGAAUUUCCACUGGGCAAAUACUGACCACUAAAGGGUACGGUCUGUCCUGUAGUUAUGUCUACCAUGCCUGUCUACCAGACUGGUCAAACACAGAUCAUGAGGAGGCAAAAGAGGACCUGUUUGGAUUCAUGAUGGGAUGUUUGGAAGAGGCAAACAGCUUCAGUGUCAGAUCUAUAGCUUUUCCAACCCUAGGAACUGGUAGCCUUAGCUUUCCUGCAGAUGUUGUAGCGGAUGGCAUGAUUAACUGUGUGAAGGAGUUUACCGAUGAUCGUCCACAAACUACACUAACUUUGGUCCGAAUAGUGAUCUACAACAAGGCCCAGAGUGCAGGAACUUUACAAAGGGCUUUUAAAAGUGUGUGCCAACCUUUCAUGUCUUCCACACCACCUCCCCAGCAUCUAACUGCACAGACUCCUGUUGCUGCGCCAAGCCCUAUGGUAGCUACACCAUCACAGAAGCAUACACCUCCACCAAAGGGAACACAGGCAUAUUUCAGCUAUAUGUACAAACAAGCACCAGUGUCACCAUCCUACUGGACCAAGUACAACAACAGUAAACCCCUCAAUAUGUGGAACAUAAACCUGGCUCCAACCACAUCUAGCCAUGCAGUUUUCUUACCUGUUGAUAAAAGUGUGUACAGAGCCAUAAAAAAUGUUGUCAAAAAGUCAUGGGAUGCAACACAUUUUGGACAUGGGAAUGAUGCACAAGGUUUGGCCCAACUUGGAUAUAGUAAUAUUCAAGUUACAAAUAUCGAACGUAUAGAAAAUCCAGUUUUAUUUGAAAAGUAUGCACAAAAUCGGGCACAAUUUUUCCUCAAGGCUGCCAGAUAUGGAAAACCAUUGACUCCAGUAGAAGAUAUUCCAGUUUCAUCAAAAAUGCCAGUGCUUACAACACAACUGUGUGAUGCUAACAUUUUACAAGACAUCUACCCAGAGAUUAAUGAGCAUUAUACCUUUCAUGGCACGCCUGAAGACAAAGUUGCAGUCAUUACUGCUCAGGGUCUGGACAACAGACUGGCUGGAAACACUGCUAUUGGACAGGGUGUAUACACAGCCGAGAGCUCCACCAAGUCGGACCAGUAUGCAGAUUAUGUUGGAAAACGAGACAAGACAAAAGAAAAGAAGAUGUUCCUGACUCGAAUAUGUCUUGGAGAACCAUACCUUUUAGAUAAAAAACCAACAGCUGCUUUCAAACGCCCUCCCUGUAAAACUUGCAAGAAAGAUGUUUGUGCUGACCAGACACACAAUGGAAAUUAUGACUCCAUGAUUGUGGAGAAGUUCUGGAUCUUUCGGGAAUUUAUUGUGUUUGAAAAAGACCGUUGUUACCCAGAAUAUCUCAUAACAUACAAAAGAGAGUGAUAUACUUUUUACAGCAAAAUAUGUUGAUGGAGAUUACUGCUAAUUGUUUGAUCAGAUAUGAUAAUGAUGUGAUUAAAUUGGAGACUGGAUUCUGAAAUCAGGUACAUGUUAAGUUAGAGAAGAUUGAGCCAUAUUUCUGAUUCAGCCACCACUAUAUAAUGUAUUUUCUAUUUUAUAGCUGUCUUGCCAAUGUUUAAAGGGCAGUAUUGUGCAUUGUAAUACUAACAGUAAAACUUUUCUAUAACAAAUUCCACAAGACCAGAGAAAAUAGUUUGUUAUAUUAAAAAUUUGUUAUACGGUUUUGAAGUAUACAGGGGUUGAGCCAAAUACAGGAUAACAACUGUUAGAAAAUACUCUGUAAUAAGCCAAGAGCUUGUUCGUCUUCAGAAAGAUUUACUGUACUGUAGGCUCCAUCAAUCUUCCCAAGAAGCCUGACACGUGCUUCAAAAAUUCAAUGGCCAUUGGUUCAAAAAUCUUCCUCAUAAUUAGAAACCCUAGAAUCAAGUGUUCUAUGUAUAUGGAAAGGUUCUAAAUGGUGCUUUAUAAGUCCCCUUCCGUUGAUACCAGUGGGACUGUAGUUUUCCUCUCUGUCCAUCUUGUACAUGGUACAUAACGUACAUAGUUUGCCAGCAUUCUAGUGGCUUCAUCCCUUGAGUAUUUUCAUCAAACUUCACACAACUAUAAAGGACCUUAAUAUCUCUAACAAGUUCUUCAGAUUAUUCAGUGUCGUUGGGGGAAUUUUGAACUUUUGAAGCUUUACACACUUAUUUAGGACCAUAACAGGUUUUCAGUUUCAGGGUUGUUUGGUAAAGGUCAUUACUAUUUUUAAAAAAUCCUUGUCAGCAGUCUAGAGGAUUUAUUCCUUUAAAGGACUUUAAUCAAACUUCAGGGACAUGUAACGUGAGUUUGAAUUUUGAACAUUACAUUCUUGUAUUAUUACAUGUAAAUCACUUACAAGCUAACUGUAUAUUUUUCAUUUUCCAAAAAAAAACAAACAAAAAAACACGAAAGGGCACCAUCUUUAUAAUAGCUGGCAGGGGCCUGUAUGGUACACAUAUUACAUUAGCAAUAAUCAAUAUGCUUGUUAAAAUUGUGAAUCCCAUUAAUCCAGGGCAAAAUCGCAGUAUUUUUGACCCAUAAAAAUAAAGGUACCAGUGAACACUACAGUCCCACUGGGCCUCUUUUUUUGUGAUAUUUUAAUUUUUCGUUUUUAUUAGUAUUUCUAAACAUGUAUAUUGUUCCUGAUGUAACUGUGUGAUAGCUAUUGUAUAAUUAUGGUAUAUAUGUUAUAUGUACCCCACAAAAAGUCUGAUGUUUUUCAAGGUCAAUAGUCUCGGUAUAUAAAUAUAUUUAUACAAUAUGCCGGCAAUUGUCAAUGUAUAAGUAUUUUGAUUUACUAUAUAAUUGUAUGGUCAUUCUCUACACUGAACAUUGGAUAUCACGUUCAUUUGUCGGUGUGGUGCGAAAGUGAUCAAUGAUUUUGUUGUAAUAUGAAUAGUCACAUGUUUACUGAUGAGCCGAAAGGCGCAAGGUAAUAAAGAACUUGAACUUAAUAUAUAUAAAGAGGGCCUAACAUACAGUAAAUGUAAUUCAUUUUACAAGCCUUCCAUUUAUCAGAUACAUGUAGCUUGAGAAGCAUGCUUUGAAUAUAUUUUCAGUUCAUCUCAAUAAAUCUGGUAAUAUCCAUUGUUAGGAGGAAAACACAACUAGAAUAAUAAUGUAAACUUAUGUACUGAUGACCUCGCGAUAUGAUGUUGUGCAAGUGCUAUAUAUAUUUUUUAUAGAACAGCAACGUAGCACUAUCAAUUGUGCUGUAUAAUAAGUGUCAACCCCUUAUAUCCUUACUGUAGUAUUUAUUCCAAAAUGUUUGUGCUUAACUUUUAUGAAUGUAGAUGCAAGAAAGUGUAGACAAUUUUAGACAAAUAUAGACAUACAUAUAUAACACUGUGUACAAAUAUAGACAUACAUAUAUAACAAUGUGUACAAAUAUAGACAUACAUAUAUAACACUGUGUACAAAUAUAGACAUACAUAUAUAACACUGUGUACAAAUCAAGCUUAUGUUACACUAUCAGUUUAGAAGCAAUCUCCCAGUCGUCCUAGAUACUCAAGGAGCUACGUUCACUUUCGCUCUGUUCAUCCAUGGAAUAAUUCCAUGCCACCAGGAUGUAAAUAAAACAAAAAGACAAGUUUAAUCCUUUAAUAAAUCAAUUGAAGUUUGAGGUCACCACACUAUUAACUGGCUUUGAACAUGUCUCUCUUCUGUAAUCUUCACAAGAAAUGCAUCAGUUUAGCAAUUGGUCAGUUUUUUUUUGUUAUUUACCUAGUUAUAGAUGUGCCAUUGAUUAGCCAUGACAUAUUCUUUGGGGGCUGACAUCGAAAGUAAAUGUAACCCCUGGUAUAUUAGUAAUAUGGAUGUUUUCGAUCUGUCGUUUUCGUCAUCAUGAUAUGCUCACCUGUUUCUAUUGUAUGUUACACUUUAUAUUUUCUUCUCAACAGUUUUCAGUAAAAUAGAACUGGAAUCAUUCAUGCGCAAUCAAAAAAACUUCAUUAAUUGGUCUUAAGAAUGGGCCUUAUGUGAGACUGAAUUUUAAACAGUAGAUUCCAUCUACUGGAUCAUUUACAAUCCCUUUGAAACAGGAUGAUAGUUACAGUUCAUAACAUUAUGUACAGUUGAUCUUUGUUAUUUCAAAGUCAGUGGGGCCAUAAAAACGCUUCGAGAUACCCUGAGGUUUUGAGGUUAUGAGUAAUUUUACAUAAAAAUGUUACUGUCGGAAAUGAAUGUUUACAGUCUACGCAGAGUCUUUGAGUGAUCAGAGUUUGAGAUAACAAGGUUUCAUUGUUGUUAAUACAUGUGUAUAGGGAAAUGACUUUUUGAAUACAUUAGAUCUAUUUAGGUAAUAAGUUAAAUUUCAGAACCUUAGCUUUCACUAGGAGUGAGGUUCAAAGGAGAAUUUGUGUGAAAUUUCUUAAGACCAAGAAAGAUUAAAAAAAAUCAAAGAAAACUCUGGAUAGUUUAUGUAUUUUGUAGGUUUUUUUUUUUAGUUGCAAAUCUUAUCAUCUCUUGGUCAUCCACUCUGAGUUUUUCCUGGUUAUAUGUCUGUAUCAUCCAUUGCUCCCUUGGAGGAUGUAAAAAUUAACUCACACCCAGGCCUGGGAGCUGAAGAAUUUUUAAAAUUUAAAGUGUUUUUCAUAUCCAGAAAUAUGUGUUCUAAUAAUAAAUAUCCUUCAUACCAGAAUUUGAAAUAUUCUUGUGCUUGUUUUAUUGAGAUACAAUGAAAUACAUACCAGUCAAAAGUUAUUGUGUAUUCCUGUUUUCUUGUAUGUUUAUUUACCUUCCUUUUAUUUACUUUCCAGGCUAUAUUGUGUGGUAGAUAAUUACUUGUGGAAUUAAUUCCACUGGGUAUCACUAGGUCUCUACAUUUUUAUAGCCAUCCUGAUGAGUAAUGUAUCUGACUGUUUACAUAUUAAGUUUUACUCAUCAAUGACAAAAUAAAGUUAAUAAUAUUUUUGUACUCUUUGUACUGGUCAUGCAUUGUAUUCUUAUACAUACAACAAAACGAGUCAGUGAAAUACUUGAAAUUAUGUAACAGAGCGCAGGAUUAAUUAAAUUUAAAUCACUGCCUCCGCUAGGGAUCGAACCCGGGACCUCUGGCUUACUAGUCUUACGCUCAACCGAUCGAGCUAAAGAGAAUGUACAGACAAAGAAUUUAUGUUGGACUGAUUGUUUGACAGACACACUGCAUUCAAAUUGCAGUUAAUGGUAUUAAAAUUAAUGAAUUCAGAAAUGUUACUAAACUUUAGUAAGCAAUAUGAGAAGUUCAAUGCAAGUGAACCCCAAGUAAGAUGAAUCCACGCCCCAUUGGUAAGAAGUUCCUGCGAGAAGAAGAGCAGUAGAUCAGGCCCAAGCAAUUCUUUUCCUUCUGAUGUAGGUCAGAGGUGAAAAUGUAUGUCAGAGUGACCUACUUUGGGUACAUGCCACACUGGUGAAACUAUGAAGUUCCAGUGACAAGAAGUGUAGGAGAUAGAGCAGGGACAAGAUAAAGUUUGGAAGGAUGGUUUGACACAACACAAACUGUAGUCCCCCCCUUAAUUAAACUUAAUUUUUGUCCAAUAAAGAAAUCAUGAGCAUUGUCAACAGAUGUUUUGUAUGCUGUUGGGGGUUGAGCAAGCACAUUUAAACUCAAAUUAUGAUAAUAUUUACAUGUCUGUAUACUCAUUCCAAGGUGGAAUGACGAUGUGGAAGUUGGACCCCUUGGCAAGAUUGUGGACCAGUAUCUCGACUCAAGUGCCGUUAAAGUACUGAGAACUGUAUAGCAAAUUAUUGUGUUGUUGUGAGUAUCGAAGAUUAAACAUAUAGUGUGCCUCACAAUACAGAAGUGUAAUCACAACCUAAAUUCAUUUUAGCAUCUUUUUAUGAAGAAAGUAUAAAUGCUGAGUAAAUAAUCUAUAAUUUUUCAUUAAGAUAUAAAUAUAAAGAUUUCAUGAUAUAUGAUAAGAAAUAGUGAUUACAGUUAUUUCAUGUAUGCUUGUUUUUUAUCAAUAAAUCAAUACACCGUGUAAA